AUGGGGUCACGCCUUCGGGGCGCUCGCGUCGCCGCCUCUGCGCUCGCCGGCCAGGGUGCCCGCCAGGUCUUCCAUGCGCCAGGUGUGCCUGCGCCGCUAGCCAUGUGCCUGGCCGCGCGGAGGCCUCCGAGCCCCCGCGAAUCCGGCUCACAGAGUAGAUGGCGACGAGUUAGGGUUGGAAGCAGAGAGAGGAGAGGGUGGCGGGCUCCCGAGGGAGCUGGCGACAGGCGGCGCGAGCGGCGCAAGGGAGACGGGCGGCCCGCCGAGAUGCGUCGCGAGGCGAGCGGGCACUGCGGGAGACGGGCGUGCGGCGCGUCCGUGGCCUCUUUCUUGCGUGUGGGCUGUGGUUGGAGGCAGGGACAGGAUAAGUGUAAACCAGAACCUGAGGUCUAUGGCAACUGGAAUGCUCCUGAAGCAGUUACAACAGCUGCUGUCAUAUACUGCCUACGGUGCUUGGUGGAUGUUGAUAUACCGCUAAAUCAAGGCUGCCUAGCGCUUGUGAAGAUCCUCAUUCCUAAAGGCUCUUUCCUCUCACCAAGUGACAAGGCUGUUGUUGUUGGUGGCAAUGUGCUAACGUCUCAGAGAGUGACUGAUGUUAUCCUAAUGGCGUUUCAAGCCUGUGCCUGCUCUCAGGGCUGCAUGAACAAUUUGACCUUUGGGAACGCCUUUGGUUACUAUGAGACCAUUGGAGGUGGAUGUGGAGCUGGGCCAACCUAG